AUGCCACACCUGCAAGCGCUCCAGCAGAGCAAGCUAGUCCACAUGGCCAGGCUGCUCCUCCUCCUCCUCCUCCUCGUGGUCGUCGACCUGGCCUUCGGCUCGCCGGCGGCAGCGUACGAGCGGCGGCGGAACGCCAUCACGCACGUCAAAGGGUUCGAUGGCCCUCUGCCUUUCUACCUGGAGACGGGGUACGUGGAGGUGGACGACACGCACGGCACGGAGCUCUUUUACUACUUCAUCCAGUCGGAGCGCAGCCCGAGGGAGGACCCCCUCAUCCUGUGGAUCACCGGCGGCCCCGGCUGCUCCGCGCUCUCCGGCCUCUUCUUCGAGAUCGGCCCUCUCAAAUUCGACGUGGCCGGCUACACCGAAGGGUUCCCAACCCUCGUCUACUUCGAGGACUCGUGGACCAAGGUGAGCAACGUCAUUUUCCUCGACGCGCCCGUCGGCACGGGCUUCUCCUACGCGCGGGAGGAGCAGGGCCUCAACGUCAGCCUCACCGGCACCGGCGCGCAGCUCUGGGUAUUCCUCGAGAAGUGGAUCGCCGACCACCCCGAGUUCGCCUCCAACCCGCUCUACAUCGGCGGCGACUCCUACUCCGGCUACCUCGUGCCGGUCACCGCGCUCGAGAUCGCCAACCAUAAUGAUGCCGGCGACGCAAGCGGAGGACCCAAGCUGAACCUGCAGGGCUACCUGGUGGGCAACCCUGGCACGGACGACAGGUACGACACCCCGGGCAAGGUGCCUUUCAUGCACGGCAUGGGGCUCAUCUCCGACGAGCUCUACGAGGCGGCGCAGGUCAGCUGCAGCCGGGACGACUUCGUCACGCCGAGCAACGCGCGGUGCGCCAACGCUCUCGACGCCAUCAACCUGGUCACCACCGACAUCAACCCCGUGCACAUCCUGGAGCCCUUUUGCGGCCUCGCGCUGCGAGACCCCGGCGGCGCCACCGUCUUCACGAAGACGGCAAGGCUGCUGCUCCAGGACAACCUGCAGCACAGGCUGGCCCUCCCCGUGGAGUGCCGGGACAACGGGUACCGGCUGUCGUACAUCUGGUCGGACGACGCGGAGGUGAGGGAGACGCUGGGCAUCCGCGACGGCUCCAUCGGCGCGUGGAGCCGGUGCACCACGCUGUCGCAUUUCCGGCACGACGUGCGAAGCACAGUACCGUACCACGUCAACUUGACGCGCCGGGGCUACCGAGCGCUGGUGUACAACGGUGACCACGACCUGGACUUCACCUUCGUGGGCACGCAGGCAUGGAUCAGGACGAUGGGCUACCCCGUGGUGGCGCCCUGGAGGCCGUGGUACUCCAAGCAGCAGGUCGCGGGGUUCACGACGGAGUACGCCCACAACCUCACCUACGCCACCGUCAAGGGCGCCGGGCACACCGCGCCGGAGUACCGCCCCAAGGAGUGCCUUGACAUGCUUGACAGAUGGACCUCGCCAGCCGGCAAGCUCUGA